AUGUUCUACAGUCAUGAGAUUCUCAGUAACACCCAAUAUGGGGUUGCUACCAUCUGGCUCGUCGCUACUGUAGGAAAGAGCAGCCAGAAGCGGCUGACCCGCAAGGCAAUCCAAGGCGUCGACGUCCCAAAGGCAUGCGAGACAAUCAUUGAUCCGGGAGCUCCUUUAGCUCUACGUCUUCAAGGAAAUCUCCUUUAUGGAGUCUCUCGUGUGUAUUCUCAGCAAUGUCAUUAUGUUCUUUCAGAUGCCGAAAAGACACAAUCCAACAUGAUGACAUUCUUUCGUGCCAUGAACACAAAUGAAACGGAUCCAAGCGCUGGCAAGGCAAAGCGAUAUCAGCUCACUCUUCAGGACGACCCGUCCUUUGAUCCUUUGUCAACUGUGCCAAAGCUAGACCUUUUGGCCAGUGUCGACGACUUAGUUUUCCUUUCAACUCAAUUGUCGACACAGAACAAUGUCUCCCAGAUGACCCCCUUGACCCAAGGCACCAGUUCUUCUGGUCGCGGAAAUUCACUGUUGAACUUCGAUAUCCCACAAUCUUCUCACUCUGGUCGGAGCUAUCGCCUUCCAAUUGACCUGGACCACGAUUCUCCUUUCACGAAGCCUCUUUAUACACAAGAACCUCUGGAAGAAUUCAACCCUCUUGGUGAAGAUAUGGCAAACAUGCCAGGCCUUGAUCUUAAUUUCGAUGCUGAUGGUAACCUCAUUGAUUUUGGCGACCUGGGGUUGGAGCUUCCUGCUCUCCCCGGAACUCCAGCAUAUCAAGAACAACUCCAAAUUCAAGCCGCCGACGCAGCCAACCUCGACACCAACAAAUGGCAAGACGCAGGCGAUAACGUAAUCAUCAUGGGAGAUGACCCUCUGCCUGACGCUGAGCCCUUUCCUAGGCGCCCAACUACUGCAAAACUCAACUCCGAGGCCAAACCGACCUCUGAGUCGACUGAGAUUGUGGAAGCUAAAGCACCCCUGCGACGGGGAAAGCCACGCCGGAAACACCAGAUGAUCGAUGGAAGGGAUUAUGUGACUGCAGCCGAAAUUCGAAGCUGGAGUGCGAAUUACCUGGACAACAUGAAAGCCAAUCUCAAGUCACAUCGAACAACUUCAACAACUCAAGCCCGCCACAACGCCAAAGCCAUCCUUUUUGACAACGGGCUUUCAGGUGUAGCUAAAACACCGCUGGGUCCGGCUCAUCCCCUAGCUGAAAGGUUUUCCGGCAUGUCUCUUCUGGCGCAUCUUCAAGGACGAGAUCCUGAGCAAGAAUCAGACUUUCAACAGCGUGGCCGUCGUCGUACCUCAGCAGAGGCUUUCCCGGAUGCACAAGUCGAAGAUCGAAAUACCCGACAGAAGACUGGGGCCCAAAAUGAUGUCGAUGAGCUUGGGCGCGGCCUUAACGAUGACAUAGGUGCAAUUAUGUUCGGGGAAGACCUUGCCCCUGAGAUGGGAUUGGACGCGGCGGGAGGCCUGGGAGACCGCCACUCAUCUUCGAUGGCUCCUUGGAGUCGUCCUCCUUCAAUUGCACCUGGAUCCUCUCUUCGAGGGCACGGGAGUGUACAGAAGAAACAUCCAGCUCCGAGUCCACUGCACCGCCGCGGUAGUGCGGUGCUCUCUAUUGAACGCUUCAGCGAUAUUCCCGACUUUCCUCACAAUUUUGGCGACCUAGCAGUGCUACACUCAGACUCUUCAAUGGGGGACGAGGGACUUAUGGGUGACUUUGGUUUUGCCAAUAGUAAAGACACACAAGACUCUGGUAUUAUCGAUACUUCCGCCCUUGACUUCUUAGGUUACGCUACUACGCGCGCUCGAGAAAAGGGGUACACUCGGUCCGGGGAUCGAAUUGAUCGUCACUGGAUUGAUUUCAAGGCACUCACCGCGGAGCUCGACGAUUCGACCAGUACAAAAAGGUUUGUUUCAGAGGCGUUCAUGCACGUUCUUGUUCUUGCCACUAAGAACGCCAUUGCCGUGGAGCAAGAAGGCAUCGUGAACAAUGAACCUUUUGGUACUAUCCGCAUCGGUCUCACACUCCCCGAGCAAGACGACGAAAUGGCCGAUGAGCUGACCUAG